AUGGAGGUGCUGUUCAUCUUGCUGUGCGGCCUGCUGGCCCCUGCCAUCCUGGCCAGUGCUGAAGAGCAGGAGAAGGAAAAGGACCCUUUUCAUUAUGAUUACCAGACCCUGCGGAUCGGGGGCUUGGUGUUUGCCGUGGUCUUCUUCUCCGUCGGCAUCCUCCUCAUCCUGAGUCGCAGAUGCAAGUGCAGUUUCAGCCAGAAGCCCAGGGCCCCGGGCGAUGAGGAGGCGCAGCAGCGGAGCCCCAGAAGGCGGAGAACUGAGGCCGCCUGGGCAGAGCCUGGAGCAGCCGCCUGGGCCCUUAGAUGCGAUGCCGACGCUUAA